UGCGCGCUUUAUCAAUGAAGUUGUAGAGCGUGGAGCUCGAGGAGGGACGCAGAGAGUAGUGACUUAGGAUACUCCAUAACUGUUUAAGUUUAUUGUUAGCUUAUUUAUUGUUGCUAGAUCAGUUAUUCGUUUCUUUAUUUUGCGUACAAAGAAAGGAAAGAAACUUGAAAGAUGAAGUAUAUUAUUGGCAUUGGCGGCGUGACCAAUGGUGGGAAAACCACUCUGACAAAGAGACUUUGCAAGGCUUUGCCUAACUGCUGUGUGGUGCAUCAGGACGACUUCUUCAAGCCACAAGAUCAGAUAGAAGUCGGAGCGGACGGCUUUAAACAGUACGAUGUUAUUACAGCUUUGGACACGGAGUCCAUGGUGAACACCAUUAAGGGGUGGGAGGAGAACCCGGUGAAGUUCGCUCGUUCUCAUGGCAUCCCGGUGUCGCCCACGGCUGAGGUGUCUCACACAGAGAAUGAGAUCCACAUCCUGAUUGUGGAGGGCUUUCUCCUCUACAAUUACCAGCCGCUGCUUGACGUGUACAGCAAGUGCUACUACAUCGCCAUUCCAUAUGAAGAAUGCAAGAGAAGGCGGAGUACAAGAAAUUACACUGUUCCCGAUCCUCCCGGACUCUUUGAUGGGCACGUCUGGCCGAUGUACCUGAAACACAGGAAGGAGAUGGAGAGCAGCUGCCUUGCCAUUGAGUAUCUGGAUGGUACCAAAUCCAAAGGUGACCUCUACAACAUGGUGUAUGAGGACAUCCAGAACACGCUGCUCAAUCGUUUAUAGCAGCAGGAGAUCCUGUGCAUCUCUGAAGAGCAGUGUAUAAACCUGUAAAUAGUUAAUAUUUUUCUUGUGAUGGCCUUUUGCUAAAUGAUUUCUUGUACAUAGUAUUAUGAAGGAGUAAGUUAUAUUGUAUGUCGAGUAACAUUUUUGUAUUAUGACAUGCAGCUGAACUUUUUAACUGGUGCAUUGUACAUGUGUACAAUUUCACUGUAAUGUGAAGUGCUUUCCAGUGUGAUGGCAGCUGGGAAUUAUUUCGCUAAAGUUACUUUUUAAAUCACCCAUCUAACUCUGGGUUUAUGGAUUUUAUUCAAAGAAAGUUUUCCAACCUUCA